AUGAAUACCGAAGGAAUUGCAUCAAAUGAACAUCAAGCGCAAGAUGUAAAAUCAACUUUUGUUAGCUGCACUUUUGCUAGCAUAUCAGAAAAAGUCGAUGACCUAAGCGUUAUGAUGUGUCAAACAGAACUUGUCGACGCAAAUGAAUGCAUCACUUUACAGGAUUUUCAGAAAGUGUCAAUUUCUAAGAUUUUGGCUAGCGAAGGAAGUGACAUUAUUAUUUCAGAAAACGUUCAAAUGGACAGUUUAAAAUGCUUUGCCGACACUUCCGCUCUCGAAUCGUGGUGCGAACUGGUCAAUUUUCUCUCUGCAGGCUACUACAAAGCUGUCGAUCUGGACAAACGAUGGGCACAAGGAAAGCGGUGGAGAUUUUAUUUUGCUGCACCGUCAACGUGGACCCUGGCAUUUGAAACGCAGUUUCAAAAUUUCACUCAACGCCAUUGUGAACUGGCUUUCACGCCAGCACCAGCCGAUCAAGAACUUGAUCUCUUCCACCUAAGUUUGGAACUUUUCGAAGCCCAGAAGAAAUCCAACGCGCGAAUCCACUCAUUGCAAAACCAAUGCCAGCUUUUGGAAGACCAAAAAGUCAAGUCUCAAAGUGACCACAUAGAAUGGGAAGCUAGACUUCGCGUCCGGGAUGAAAAGACCCGUAGUGUCGUUGUAACAUUAUUGAACGAAAAGAAAGAAAUGAUUCGUACACUUCAGGAGCGGCUGGACCAUGGUAUGAAACCGCUAGACGUUCCAGACUCGUCUCUAAUGAACAAAUUCGUAAAUCAGCCGGUCUCAAGAAUGACUUCGCCGCGCAAACAUUCCCAAAUACGUGGUUCGGGCACCCCUUCUCCAAGAAAAAAGGCCAAACGCCCCAUAAUAAAAAACGAAACUUCCUGGGACGAUCUUUCCGACAAGGGAUUUGAGUUUCGAGGCAUCAAUCGUGAAAGAACGCUUACCAAGUCGCCCAGUAGUGACAGUUCAAUUGUCAAAGGUGAAGUUCAUCAGACUAUCCUGGGCGAUGGCAAUGAUAACGAGCACGUUGUGGUGACGGGUGUUGAGCAUUCUAACUCAUUAUUACAAAAUUCGGAUGCAAAAUCGGUGGAGCAAGUGGUAAAAAGUUCCGACCUUCCAGCGGACAACUCUUUCACAUCCAAACAACUUGCUAAGUGCCCUGAAACCACACCCAUUCCCAGUCUCCAGAAAAGCGUUACUGCUUCUGACACAACGUCUGAUACGGCAGAAGACACAGAAGACACAGAAGUCGAAACAGAUAUCGAAACAGAGGUGGAGUAA